UGCGCUCGGGGCCGGGCACCGCGGACCUUCCACGCGGCCGCCGGCGCGCUCGCCGGCGCUCGCUCGGCAUGGGGGCGGCGCCGACGGGGCGGAGCGAGGCAGCAGCUGCUCUCCGGGACUGGCCGCGGCUGCUGUCCGGCAGGCGCGCCCGCAGCGAGAGCGGCAGCGCCCCCGUCGACAGCGACCGCGGGGGCAGUGUCCGCCCGCGACAGCUGGAACCGGCGCGCGGCACCGCCCCCGCCGUCGUCGCCCCCGUGUCAAGCCCCGCGCGGUCGGCGCUGAGCGCGCGCAGGCCCCUCUCCCGCGGAGCUGCCCGCCUGUGCCGCCGUCUCGCCGCCCGCCUCCCUUGUUGGAACGCUCCACGUAUCGCCCCCUCGCGAAGCCCAACCCUCGCCCGCAGCACGCCCGCCGGCUUUUCCACCGCGGCCGCGGGGAUGCCCGAGAGCUCGAGCGCGGCCCCGCCCGCAGGACUCGCCUCUCGCCGCCGAGGACUUGAGAGGCCCCCGCGCACACAGGGAGACGGCACGAGGCCAGGCCACCGGCGCGACGAGGGACGAGGGGAGGGCGGGGGGAGAGAGGGGAGCCCCGAGGAGGAGGAGGAGAAGGAGGAGGAGGAGCAGGAUGGAACGAGAAAAGCCAAUCAGCGCCGACCACGCCCGCGGCUGCGCUCCCGCUGCUGGCCCCGAUGCCGCCCGCCGCUCCGCCCGCGUCGGCUCCGGCUCCGCUCGCGGUCCGCCUUCUUCAGCUCCU